AUGCAACUCCCAAUACUUUCUCCUGCCCCGGAUAAGGCCAUGACUUUAUACGCAGCGGGUUUCAACGCAUGGAACCAGCUUGAUUUUGAAUCUUCGCCAACGGACCGAGAGCCCGAUGAUUUGUUCACUUUUGCAAAGGUCCAGACAGACAAGACUAUUGUCCAGCAAAAUAAUACAUGGGCUUUUGCCGGAUCAUACCCCAGCAAGCUUCUCUAUCGCGAAGCCAACACUUGCUUGUUCAACACACCAAAUGCCGAAUCAGGAGACGGAAAAGUCUUGAAUGGCCAGGGCUCAUCUAUUGUUCAGUACACAUCCUUAGCUGCAUGGAAGGCCAACAAGUGUACUGAAACCUGGCCUUGCGAGUCUCUGGUUCGCCAGAUAGCUGCUUAUGAUACCGGUUUCGUUAUUCUUCUCGAGAAUGGGACUGUUCUUAGCUGCGGCGAUCCUCGAUUCCGAGACUGCCUUGGCCGCGAGGUGGACGAAUCAAGUCCUGCCCACGUACCCAAUGCUGUAGAAGAUCUUAAUGAUCUCGGCGAAUCCAUCAAGAAAGUGUCCGCAGGAGGGUACACCGUUGGAGCCCUAACAGAGAGCGGAGGGAUGUACCUCUGGGGCAUGAAACCACCCGGUUCGCAAAGUCGACAUGCCGCAUUCACUGAUCUUGGUCCUGUACCAAGCUACGUGGAAGUCGAUGGAGACAAAGACGUACAAGACUUUGCAGUUGGAGAGUCACAUGCGAUCGCCCUAACUACUGACGGUUGUAUUUACGUGAUAGGGGACAACACUAAUGGCCAGAUUGGUCUUGGCAAGUCCGUAAAAGAGAGUGCAUUGUGGUCAAAAAUAGAUUUUAUACUCCCUCCAGGUGAGGAGGUGGUGGCUGUUGAAGCUGGUCCAAGGGCAUCUUUUAUAAUCACAGCAAAGAUGCAAUCAAAACAAUGCCAAAGCUCAGAAUGA